AUGCAAAGCCAGGAGGCAUCCGCGGUGCGGGGAGGGAUCCUCGCACACGCUCCCGGACUUGGAAAAACUGUAACUGCUCUGACUCACAUAUACUUAGCCCCGAAUCUUUUGCCCCCGGGCAAAAAGUCGUACCGACCAAUAUUGAUCUGUUGUCCAGCUAGUGUAGUGGGACAGUGGGCCGACGAAGUGUGGAACCGGUUUGGCGGAGUCUUCAAUGUGAUCAUCUUCCACGGCUUCAAGACAAUGAAAAGGGGACCAAUGCGUAAAGCCCAUAUCGUUGAAACGAUUAGUGAUCUUCGCAAGAAACUGGAAGGACUA